AUGAAACCGAGAUCAACCCAGCUAAGCAGGCGCCCCUGCGUCUUGCCCGACCCUUCAUCGGCUAAUGGAGGUUGUGUACUCUUGAAUAUGCUGCCAACAGAACUUGCCUGCCUCAUCGCAGAUCAGCUACCGCUCGAUGGCAAAUUCGUUCUCCGUGAGACCUGCAGCGCGCUACGGAAUAUACUGGAAAAAAGGUACUUGUUGAGCGCGCAGAUUCGGCAAUUCAGUAACGUCGAGGAAACAGAACGCUUUCUCCACUGCAUUGGCAAAGAGAGGUCAGAUGUAUGGGUGUGCAGUUGGUGCCUAUGUUUCCACCAGAAUGACGGCUCCUCUUCUUUCGAUGUUCAUGAUAUGGAUCUGCCGCGCUGUUGGAGAUCAGGCCCCUCUGGACCAUUCAAUCUACAAAGCUUGCUUAUAUUCGGAUACCAGCAAGGCCAUGUACAGCUUGCUCUCAAGUACGCGAGACUGGCGGACAGGCUGGGGCCGCCAUACGACCUACACAAACGACUGCUGAUGCGAGCAUACUCGGGCCCCAUGGGGAGCCCGGGCUACUCAAGCAUCACGUACAAGAUCUUCCCCCGCAUAGUUGCAGGACGAUUCCUCGUUUACAAGGAGUAUAAGUACAAGUUGCAGUCAACAGUGGACCUCCAGCAGACUUUGGGGCUGAGGCGGCAGUGCUGCCACAUGGGGUUCAACGACCUGAGCAGGGCUCAAAUCGACUUUCUCGCCCGUUUUACCACGCCUGACAAGUCGACCCUCGUCCGCCAGUUUCACGUCGUGUGCAGAGCCUGCCAAAUGCAGAUAGACUUCCGCCAGAAAGGUACGAGUGUCCGUACGCGAACGUGGGAAGACUUUGGGACUGAGACCACGUUGACACCGGCCACCGUUAACUUUGCAUACUUGCCUCACGUGGGCGACAGCAGCAGACCGGAGACUGUCAAGGACCUGUACGAUUCCACUCUCGCAAGCCCUGAUGCGUUUUACAAGCACCGCGCCGCACAGAUUGCACAGGCCAACGCCGACGCUUCGCCUCGAAGUGAGUCACCGAGCAGCAGCGGCAGCAGCGGCGGUGGCGGUGGCGGCAGCAACGACAGCAGCGGCAGCGACAACAUCGGUGAAUGCGUGCUGCGCUUUACACGUUGCAGGCUGGCAGAAUGA